AGAUUAGCAGACCUCUUUCUGCUGCACCUUGACGACAUCUUGCCGCAGGCAUUGAAGCUUCAGCCGCGCAACAAUAACCAGCCGACUGGCUGCUCCACAAUCAUUGUCAACCAAAAGAAUUGCCGACUGUUGGGCCACACCGAGGAUGCCCUGACGGAGACCCUCAAUCAUUACUAUUUUGUUGACGCGCACAUCAUCAGCGACAAGCCGCAGGGCAAAUACAAUGUCAAGGAGGAGCACUUUAUGUCCCUGUGCUACGCCGGAUACUUGCCCGGCUACACCAUGAAUCAGAAUUACCAUGGCCUGGUCUUCACCAUCAAUACGAGCAGUGCGGAGCUGUUGCGCAGUGGCAAGACACCGAGACACUUCUUGACACGAGCCCUGCUGGCCACCAGCAAUGUGGACGAUGCUUUUAGGGUGCUCAGGGACGCAGGUGUGGGAGCAGCCGAUGCCUGCUCCAUUAACUUUACCUUUUUGGCCGAUCCCCGCCAGAUGUUCUACAAUGUGGAGAUGGCGCCUUCGCCAGACCGUAAGAAUGAGUCGCUUUUGAACAUCAAGGAGAUACCCUUGGGUAAUCAUAACUACCAUGUGAAUCAAUUCGAUCGCAUUCACCAGGAUCAGGCCAACGCUCUGAUGGUCGAGUCCAGCGUGUCGCGAAUGCAGGCGUUCGGCACCUACAAGCCGCCAUCGAGCGAGCAGGAUGUGCGCCACAUGCUGGGCGAUGUCUCUGGGGGAUUGUAUUGCGUGUGGCGCGAGAAUGGCAGCUGUGACGAGGUGGUCAAAACCAUUGCCGUUGGCAUUUUCGAUCUCACCGCUAGGACCAUGUCGCUCUAUUCGGACAAUCCCAGUCAGACGGAGCCUCACUGCAGGUUGCCUCUGCUCUUCAAGUAGCUUUAAUGCACACACCCCCGCCCCCCGCCUUUAUUGGACCCAGAUUUUACUCGUAUGUUUAAUAAACAUAAUCAAA